GCGGUGGUGGGAAGGGGGACGGGUGAGUUUGGCGCAAAGCCUGCCGGGGCAUGGAGUCCCGGUGAGCUUUUGUGCGCAUGUGCGGGAAGGUGAGGGGGCUUGAGGGACCUCGCCCUGGAGCGUGAGGUGCUGCCCACCUGACCCAGAAGGCCCAAUGGAGGCCCCAGUGCCCCAACCCGUGAAGCAGGAGAGCCAGUCAGUGGAGACUCUGACCCUGGGCUCGCCAUGGCACCGGUUCCGCCACUUCCACCUGGGGGAUGCAUCUGGGCCCCGUGAGGCACUGGGGUUGCUCCGUGCCCUGUGCCGCGACUGGCUGCAGCCUGAGGUGCACAGCAAGGAGCAGAUGCUAGAGCUGCUGGUGCUGGAGCAGUUCCUGAGCGCGCUGCCUGCUGAGGUCCAGGCCUGGGUGUGCAGCCGGCGGCCCCAGAACGGCGAGGAGGCGGUGGCCCUGCUGGAGGGGCUCUGGGGCCCAGCGACCUCCCCAGAUCGGUUGUCAGCAAUGAAGGCAUCCCGGGACCUGGCAGAAGGUUGUGGGGUCAGUGUUGGAAAGGAGGAUAGUGGGAUGACUCCCUUAGGAGCCGCCGCCCCCGAGUCGGAGGCGCCGGCAACCGGGGAUGCCCUGGCCGCGCGGCCCUACAAGCAGGAACCGGGCAGCCCCCCGCCGGCCCCGCUGGCGCCCGGCCUGCCCGUCUUCCUGGCAGCCCCAGGCGCCGCGUCCUGCCCCGAGUGCGGCAAGACGCCGCUGAAGCCAGCGCACCUGCUGCGCCACCGGCAGAGCCACUCCGGCGAGAAGCCUCACGCCUGCCCCGAGUGCGGCAAGGCCUUCCGGCGCAAGGAGCACCUGCGGCGCCACCGCGGCACGCACCCCGGCAGCCCAGGCCUCACGCUGCGCCCGCUGCCGGCGCGCGAAAAGCCGCACGCGUGCUGCGAGUGCGGCAAGACCUUCUACUGGCGUGAGCACCUGGUGCGCCACCGCAAGACGCACUCUGGCGCGCGGCCCUUCGCCUGCUGGCAGUGCGGCAAGGGCUUCGGGCGCCGCGAGCACGUGCUGCGCCACCAGCGCAUCCAUGGCCGGGCGGCAGCCAGCCAGGGGACCGCGGCACCAGGCCCCGAGGGCGGCGGCGCCUUCCCGCCCUGGCCGCUGGGGUAGUCGGCCUGCGGCCACCCUGCUACCACCCCUGCCCUGCCCUCCCUCCCUAUGAGGCCUCGACCCUUACCCCUCCUGAGUGCGGUUCUCCUGCCCAGUGACGGCGUCCCCUCACUGCCCCCCUCCAUCCCACCAACCUUUCCCCGACAGGAGCGCAGGCCGGCCCAGGACCCGGCCCAUGUGGGAAAGGAGCCCCGGAAAGGAGCGGAGGCUCCUGGAUGAAGGGAGGCUGAGGACAAGGGUGUGGGUCUUGUCUCUCUCCCAGGACACAGUGGGGACGUGGAAGAGGGGGGCUGUGGUUCUGAGAAACUAUACCAGGGGCAAGGCUGCAGGCGCCCGAUGAGAUGUCCCAGAAGCGCGUCCCUGACAGUUCACCAGCAUCGAGAGUAAUAAA